AUGCUCUCCAUUUUUGUUAUUUUGUUGUUCAUUCCUCACAUAUUUGCUUUCCCAAUCACCGAUCCCUACACGAGUUAUUCCCAACUCAAUCUUAUUAUUGCAUCUAGACCAGAGUCCGUUGCUCUGGAUCCAUUGAAUCGAGGUCCGUAUGUUGGUGUCAGCGAUGGCAGAAUUCUCAAAUAUAAUGGCACUAAUUUUGUGGAUUUCGCUUAUCUGUCACCAAACUGGUCAAAACAGUUAUGUGAUGGAGUGACAAACCUAAGUUUGGGUCCUGUCUGCGGAAGGCCAUUAGGUUUUAGUUUUGACCCGAUUUUUGGUUAUCUUUACAUUGUGGGUGCUUAUGGUGGAUUCUAUAGAGUUGGCCCCCAAGGUGGACAAGCCACGUUACUUGCUACUAGUGCAAAUGGCGUAACGUUCAACUUUCUCAAUGGAUGCGAGUUUGAUAAACUCAGAAGAGUUGUUUACUUCACCGAUGCCAGUCUGGUAUACAAUUUUACGGAUGCUAGCUUAGGAAUCCCAGCUCCUCCAGGGGAUUCAAGUGGAAGAUUAUUAGAAUAUAACACCGUAACCGGAGAAGUAAGAGAAUUAUUGAGGAACAUUCCUCGUCCGGGAGGACCAGCAGUUAGUUCAGACAGCUCGUUUAUUGUGUACGGUUCUUUCACCACUCAAAAGGUUUACAAAUAUUAUCUGAUAGGGCCAAAAGCAGGAGCAUCCGAAGUUCUGAUUAAUAGUUUACUAGGUUUUCCGGUCAAAAUCAAGAGAGCCCCGGAAUUCGGAUUGUUUUGGGGGACAGCAAACGUGAUUGUUCAACAGCAACCUCGUUUGACUAAUGGAUAUGGAUACAAGUUCAAUUCAAAGGGUGACAUAAUUAUUCUUAAGAAUUUCACUGCGGAAUACGGCAAUGCUCAAAUUAAUGUUGUGCAAGAGUACUCUGAUCUUAUACAGGGAGCAACCUUAUAUGUUGGCUCACGCUCACGAAGUGUUAAUUAUGUUGGCGUGUAUACAAAAUGGAGAUGA